ACUUUUAAUUUGUGGUGUUGUACGGCUUUCGAUUUCUCGAAUCCGCUAAGAUGUCCGGACGUGGUAAACAGGGAGGAAAGGCUCGCGCUAAAGCUAAGUCAAGGUCCUCCCGAGCGGGCCUCCAGUUUCCAGUAGGUCGUGUUCAUCGUCUGCUGCGUAAGGGUAAUUAUGCUGAAAGGGUCGGGGCGGGAGCUCCGGUGUAUCUGGCUGCUGUUUUGGAAUAUUUGACCGCUGAAAUCCUAGAGCUGGCGGGAAACGCAGCUCGGGACAACAAGAAGACCCGUAUUAUUCCCCGCCACUUACAGUUGGCCAUCCGUAACGAUGAAGAGCUCAACAAGUUGUUGGGGAAAGUGACCAUCGCCCAGGGUGGUGUCUUGCCUAACAUUCAGGCUGUGCUUCUGCCAAAGAAGACGGAGAGUCACCAUAAAACCAAGAGCAAGUGAAGUAGCUAGGCUCGGGGGCCCGGGAGAAAUCUCUGAAACCAAAGGCUCUUUUCAGAGCCACAACAGAACUUCAGAAAGAGCUUGUCACAUGUAGCCGUUGCUUGAAUGAAAAAGAGAUUUAGUAAGGAUGUCAAGUAGGAUGACUGAAAAGUACCAUUGCUUUGAGGCAUUGAAAUGAGAAGUCAUUGGUGACCUUAAGACUAUAAAGUGGUGGGGAUACAAGAACAAUUGCAAGAUAUAAGAUCCUACAAAUUUAGGACUACUUUUUCCUUUCUUGGUACAACUUUUUCUACUCUAUUCCCUGCCAACUUUUGAAAUUGAGAUCUAGAAUUAAGACCCUUGGGAAGGUGAGAAUAUUGGUUGUUCUGGGUACAAAAGUAGUCAUCUCUGAGUCUCAAAGACAUCUCUCUGACUGGGUCAGUGACCUGAGCUGAGGAGAUCUAGAUGUCUUCAUUUAGUCAUCAAAUAAAAAAAAAAGUUGCUUCCAGUUCUACCACUGUAUGGCUUUUCAUAUGCAUGAUC